AUGAGCAGCGAUGCAGAGAUGGCCGUAUUCGGGGCGGCCGCAAUCUAUCUCCGAAAGCCCGAGAAGGAGAGGAUUGAGGCUCAGAACCGACCUUUCGAUGCCAAAACUGCCUGUUUUGUGCCAGAUGCUAAGGACUUAUAUGUCAAAGGGGUUAUCCAGAGCAGAGAAGGUGGCAAAGCCACUGUGAAAACUGAAGCCGGGGAGACUGUAACAGUCAAAGAUGAGGACUGCCAUCCCAUGAAUCCGCCAAAAUAUGACAAGAUUGAGGACAUGGCCAUGAUGACUCAUCUCAACGAACCCUCUGUGCUGUUUAACCUCAAAGAUCGUUAUGCAGCAUGGAUGAUUUACACCUACUCCGGGCUGUUUUGUGUGACUGUGAACCCCUAUAAGUGGCUUCCAGUCUACAAUGCAGAGGUUGUUGCGGCCUACAGAGGCAAAAAGCGUAUGGAGGCCCCGCCCCACAUCUUCUCAGUGUCUGAUAAUGCAUAUCAAAAUAUGCUUACAGAUCGUGAGAAUCAGUCAGUACUUAUCACUGGAGAAUCCGGUGCAGGGAAGACAGUGAACACCAAACGUGUAAUCCAGUAUUUUGCGACAAUCGCAGUGUCUGGAGAGAAGAAGAAGGAGGCAGCCCCUGGUAAAAUACAGGGGACGCUGGAAGAUCAAAUCAUUUCAGCUAACCCUUUGCUAGAGGCAUUUGGGAACGCUAAGACUGUGAGGAAUGACAACUCUUCCCGCUUUGGCAAAUUUAUCAGAAUUCACUUCGGAACCACAGGAAAACUGUCUUCUGCUGACAUUGAGACUUAUUUGCUUGAGAAAUCCAGAGUUACCUUUCAACUGGCUGAUGAGAGAAGUUACCAUAUCUUCUACCAGAUUAUGACUGGCCACAAACCAGAGCUGAUAGAGAUGCUUCUCAUCACAACCAACCCAUAUGAUUUUCCCAUGGUCAGUCAGGGUCAAAUCACUGUGGCCAGCAUUGACGACAAGGAGGAGCUGGUUGCUACAGAUACAGCUAUUGACAUCCUGGGCUUCAACUCUGAGGAAAAAGUGAGCAUCUAUAAGCUGACGGGAGCUGUGAUGCACUAUGGAAACAUGAAGUUUAAGCAGAAACAGAGGGAGGAGCAGGCAGAGCCCGAUGGCACCGAGGUUGCUGACAAAGUCGCCUACCUCAUGGGCCUGAACUCUGCUGAUUUGCUCAAAGCUAUGUGUUAUCCCAGAGUUAAAGUUGGUAAUGAGUAUGUGACAAAGGGACAGACUGUGCAACAGGUUACCAAUUCAGUUGGUGCCUUGGCUAAAUCCGUCUAUGAGAAGAUGUUCUUAUGGAUGGUUAUCAGAAUCAACCAGAUGCUGGAUACCAAACAACCCCGGCAGUUCUUCAUUGGAGUGCUAGAUAUUGCUGGGUUUGAGAUCUUUGAUUUUAACAGUUUGGAACAGCUGUGUAUUAACUUCACUAAUGAGAAGCUGCAACAGUUUUUCAACCACCACAUGUUUGUGCUGGAGCAAGAGGAGUAUAAGAAAGAGGGCAUUGAUUGGGAGUUCAUAGACUUUGGUAUGGACCUGGCUGCCUGUAUUGAACUGAUUGAGAAGCCCAUGGGCAUCUUCUCCAUCCUUGAAGAGGAGUGUAUGUUUCCCAAGGCCACAGACACUUCCUUCAAGAACAAGCUCUAUGACCAGCAUCUUGGCAAAAACAGUGCUUUCCAGAAACCAAAGCCUGCCAAAGGCAAGGCUGAGGCCCACUUUUCUCUGGUCCACUACGCUGGCACUGUGGACUACAAUAUCGCUGGCUGGCUGGAUAAAAACAAAGACCCCCUGAACGAGUCUGUGGUACAGCUGUACCAGAAGUCAUCAGUCAAACUGUUGGCUUUCCUCUAUGCUUCCUUUUCCUCAGCUGAAGCAGAGGCUGCAAACAGUGGCGGUGGUGGAGGAUCAGGAGCCAAGAAGGGCGGUAAGAAGAAAGGAGGCUCUUUUCAGACUGUUUCAGCUGUUUUCAGGGAGAAUCUUGGCAAGCUGAUGACAAACUUAAGGAGCACACAUCCUCACUUUGUGCGAUGUCUGAUUCCCAAUGAGGUGAAAACACCAGGUAUAAUGGACAAUCAUCUGGUCAUUCACCAGCUACGUUGUAAUGGUGUGCUAGAAGGUAUUAGAAUUUGCCGGAAGGGCUUUCCCAGCAGAAUUCUGUAUGCUGACUUCAAGCAGAGGUACAGGAUUUUGAAUGCCAGUGCUAUCCCUGAGGGACAGUUCAUUGAUGGCAAGAAGGCUUCAGAGAAGCUGCUUGGAUCAAUUGAUAUUGACCACACACAAUAUAAAUUUGGUCACACAAAGGUUUUUUUUAAAGCUGGGCUACUGGGAACCCUGGAGGAAAUGAGAGAUGAGAAACUGGCCUCUCUGGUCACCUGCACCCAAGCUCUCUGCCGUGGUUACCUCAUGAGGAGAGAAUUUGUGAAGAUGACAGCUCAGAGAGAUGCUGUUUAUACAUUGCAAUACAAUCUGCGUGCAUUCAUGAACGUGAAACACUGGCCAUGGAUGAAGCUGUAUUUCAAGAUCAAGCCUUUACUGAAGAGUGCUGAAACGGAGAAGGAAAUGGCCAACAUGAAGGAAGACUUCAUCAAGUGCAAAGAGGACUUGGCUAAAGCUGAGGCCAAGAGGAAGGAACUAGAGGAGAAAAUGGUCACACUACUGCAGGAGAAAAAUGACCUGCUCCUACAAGUUCAAGCUGACAAUGAGAAUCUCUCUGAUGCAGAGGAGAGGUGUGAAGGCUUGAUUAAGAGUAAGAUCCAGCUAGAGGCCAAACUCAAAGAGUUGACAGAGAGACUGGAUGAUGAAGAAGAAAUCAAUUCAGAACUGACAACCAAGAAGAGAAAACUGGAAGAUGAGUGUUCUGAGCUAAAGAAAGACAUUGAUGAUCUUGAACUCACCUUGGCCAAAGUGGAAAAAGAGAAACAUGCCACAGAGAACAAGGUUAAGAACUUGAUGGAGGAGAUAUCUGGACAGGAUGAGAACAUUGCCAAGCUGACCAAGGAGAAGAGAGCCCUCCAAGAGGCUCAUCAGCAGACGCUUGAUGAUCUCCAAGCAGAGGAAGACAAAGCCAAUACUCUGACGAAAGCCAAACUCAAGCUGGAACAACAAGUGGAUGAUCUCGAAGGGUCUUUAGAUCAAGAGAAGAAGAUCCGCAUGGACCUUGAGAGGGCUAAGAGGAAGCUUGAAGGUGAUCUGAAACUGGCCCAGGAGUCCAUGAUGGACCUGGAAAAUGACAAGCAGCAGCUUGAGGAGAAACUCAAGAAGAAGGAUUUUGAGACAAGCCAGCUCCUGAGUAAAAUCGACGAUGCGCAAGCAGUGGGAUCCCAGUCUCAAAAGAAGAUUAAAGAGCUCCAUGCUCGCUUAGAGGAGCUUGAGGAGGAGAUUGAGGCGGAACGUGCUGCUCGGGCUAAGGUUGAGAAGCAGAGAUCUGAUCUCUCCAGGGAACUUGAGGAGAUCAGUGAAAGGCUUGAAGAAGCCGGUGGAGCCACUGCAGCUCAGAUUGAGAUGAACAAAAAACGCGAGGCUGAGUUCCAGAAGCUUCGGCGAGAACUUGAGGAAUCUACACUCCAGCACGAGGCCACUGCAGCAGCGCUACGCAAAAAACAGGCUGACAGUGUAGCAGAACUGGGGGAGCAAAUAGACAACCUCCAGAGAAUCAAGCAAAAGCUGGAGAAAGAGAAGAGUGAAUACAAAAUGGAAAUUGAUGACCUAGCUAGCAACAUGGAGGCAGUGGCAAAAGCCAAGGUCAACCUGGAAAAGAUGUGUCGUUCCCUUGAGGAUCAGCUCAUGGAAGUGAAAGCUAAGAAUGAGGAGAAUUUGAGGCACAUCAAUGACCUCAGCGCACAGAAAGCCAGACUGCAGACUGAAAAUGGGGAAUCUUGUAGGCAAAUGGAGGAGAGAGAAAGUCUUAUUUCACAACUGACAAGGAGCAAACAGACAUUGACACAGCAAAUUGAUGAACUGAAGAGGCAGCUUGAGGAAGAGACAAAAGCUAAGAAUGCCCUGGCCCAUAGUCUGCAGUCAGCGCGUCAUGAUUGUGACCUGCUUAGGGAGCAGUUUGAGGAGGAACAGGAAGCCAAGGCUGAACUUCAGCGCAGCAUGUCGAAGGCCAACAGUGAGGUGGCUCAGUGGAGAACCAAAUAUGAGACUGAUGCCAUCCAGCGUACUGAGGAACUUGAGGAAGCCAAAAAAAAACUUGCCCAGCGUCUCCAAGAGGCAGAAGAGCAAAUAGAGGCAGUAAAUGCAAAGUGUGCAUCUCUGGAAAAGACCAAACAGAGGCUGCAGAGUGAGAUAGAGGACCUCAUGAUUGACAUAGAGAGAGCAAAUGGCUCAGCAGCUAACUUAGACAAAAAACAAAGGAAUUUUGACAAGAUACUGGCUGAGUGGAAGCAGAAAUAUGAGGAAUCUCAGGCAGAGUUGGAAGGUGCUCAGAAAGAAUCACGAACACUUAGCAACGAGCUCUUCAAAAUGAAGAACUCUUAUGAGGAAGCACUGGACCAUCUGGAAACUCUAAAACGAGAGAAUAAGAACCUGCAACAGGAGAUCUCGGAUCUGACUGAGCAAAUUGGAGAGACUGGAAAGAGCAUCCAUGAACUAGAAAAAGCUAGGAAGCAAAUGGAGACUGAGAAAGCUGAAAUGCAAAGUGUGCUGGAGGAAGCCGAGGCUUCUCUGGAGCAUGAAGAAUCCAAGAUCCUUCGUGUGCAGUUGGAGCUCAACCAGAUGAAGAGUGAAUUUGACAGAAAUCAAGGAAUGCUGAGGAAAAGGCCAAGAAAGCCAUCACUGAUGUGA